CAAAAUCGAGAAUCAAAAUGGAAAAUAUACGCUAAUAAUUUGAAAAAACAAUUCACAAUGCUACCUACAAUUUUGCUGCAUACCAAUAAGUCACUCAAGCAUAAGAGUUUACAAGAAAGCAAUUGUCAAGCUGAAUGUUAAAAAUGUCUGGGAUGCAAAUUGUGAGGAGUAACUUGCGAACUAUGCGGCGCGCGAUCCGGCUCGCUGCGGUGUUAGCCCGGCGGCCGGUGGGCGGCAGCGGCGCGGCCGGCGCGGGAUCCGGCGGCGACGGCGCCGGCGGCGAACAUGCUGGCGAGCGCUUUACUAACGCGCGCGCUGUCGUCGGAGUGGCUACAAUCGGUCUGGCGCUUGUGGCUGCCGACCAUCAAUAUAAUGAAAAAAGAUUUUUCAAAGCAGCUCGACUUGGCAAUUUACAAGAGAUUCGCAGGCAAGUAGAAGCAGCAAAGGAGGGUCGCGGGCGUGAGGGCGGCGGCGCCGACCGGCGGCACGCGCUCGGCUGGACGGCGCUCAUGGCCGCCGCCGCCAACGACCAGCCCGCCGCCGUCGCCGAGCUGCUCCGGCUCGGCGCGCGCCCCGACCUGCAGGAGAAGUACGCGGGCGCCUCUGCCGCCGCGCAGCAGCAGGGCUUGCACCCCUUGGAAGCGAUGCAGCGGCGCGAGGACGAGUUCUGCUCGUCCAUGAACUCUCGCGCCUCGUUUCUCGGCUGGACGGCGCUGCACUACGCCGCGCUGGCGGACUCGGCGGGCGCCGCCGCCGCGCUGCUCGGCGCCGGCGCCGACCCCACCGCGCGCGACCACGCCGGCCGCCGCGCGCUGCACUAUACGAAAGACCCGUCUCCUACGAGGGACCUCAUUGUGGAGCACUCAGCUCGCUGGGAAGAGAAGCUAGCGGCCGCCGCAGCCGAGGAACGGCGCAGGUUCCCACUCGAGCAACGCCUGAAGCAGUUCAUAGUGGGCCAGGCGGCCGCUAUCGAGACCGUGGCGGCGGCCGUCAGGCGGAAGGAAAACGGAUGGUCUGACGAGGAACACCCGCUGGUUUUCUUGUUCUUGGGGAGCUCGGGGAUUGGGAAGACUGAGCUGGCUAAGCAACUCGCCAGGUACAUGCACCGCGAUGACCCGGCGGCGUUCAUUCGGCUGGACAUGUCCGAGUACCAGGAGAAACAUGAGGUGGCUAAACUCAUUGGUGCUCCUCCGGGUUACGUGGGGCACGAGGAGGGCGGGCAGCUGACGCGGGCGCUGGCGCGGCGCGCGGACGCGGUGGUGCUGUUCGAUGAGGUCGACAAGGCGCAUCCGGACGUGCUCACUGUGUUGCUACAGCUCUUUGACGAGGGUAGACUGACGGACGGCAAGGGCAAGCUGAUCGAGUGCAAGAACGCCGUGUUCGUGAUGACGUCCAACCUGGCCGCGGACGAAAUCGCGCAGUACGGCCUGAAGCUUCGCCGGGAGGCCGAGGCCAAGGCGCAGCUGCGCGCCAAGGGAACCGUCACCGCGCACGGAGAGGAGCCUACGGCGGCCGAGGAGCAGGCGGGAGGCGAGGCGCUGGAAGUGUCCCGCACGUUCAAGGACAGCGUGGUGCGGCCCAUACUCAAGCGGCACUUCGGGCGGGACGAGUUCCUCGGACGGAUCAACGAGAUUGUGUACUUCCUCCCGUUCUCGCGGCAGGAGCUGCUGAGCCUGGUGCAGCGGGAGCUGGUGCGCUGGGCCGAGCAGGCGCGCGCGCGGCACGCCGUCGAGCUGCGCUGGGAGGGCGGCGUGCUAGGCGCGCUCGCCGACGGGUACGACGUGCACUACGGCGCGCGCUCGAUCAAGCACGAGGUGGAGCGGCGGCUGGUCAACCAGCUGGCGCUGGCCGCGGAGCGCGGCGCGCUGGCGCGCGGCUGCUGCGUGCUGGUCACCGCCGCCGCUGGCCGCCUCGCGCUGGCCGUGCGCGAGCCCCGCCAGACCGACUACACGCCGCUAGACCUGGCCGUUUGA